AUGCAGGCAGUAGAAGUUCGACAUUGCACUUCGUCGAAGUGCACCAGGCAAGAUGAUGAUUUGAUGGUGUCUUGCGACAAGUGCAAACGAUGGUGGCAUUAUGAUUGUCAUAGUUUUGAUCCCGACAAAUAUGACACGUUAACUCCAUGGUUCUGCGAAGAAGAUGAUUGUGUCUUUCAAGAAGACAGUACUUCCCAAGAUGUGAGUCGCAGAGAGUCUUUGGCUGUAGUAGCAGAAGAUGAUGAUGUUGUUCAAAAUGUGGAUAUUAUUAUUGAAGCUGCUGCUGUUGCGCAAGCUGCUGUAGCACAAAGAGACAAAGAGUUAGUUGAGCUCCGAGCUGAACUUGCUGAGACAAAGCUUAAACUUUCAAAAGCCUCUUCUGCUCUUCCCUCCAGCUCAAAACCUCUAAAACCAUCUGAUAAUGCUACGAGUUUGACUAAGCUGGAAAUAAUUAAAAAAAUUCAAGCGAAUCACAAAGCACUGCUAAGCAGUACAUUGAAACAAAACAUCGAUCAAAAUCAGUCUUUACCGUUUCGAGAUAUUCCUCCUAAGGACUCAGGGGCUCGAGAUAGUUGUUUCCGAGACCAAGAUAUGGCAACGCUUCUCACAAUUCUUAAUCGCAACAAUGUGCAAGAAUUACCAAGUUUCUCUGGGGAGAAUAAAAGGGAAUGGCCAUACUUUGAAGAGGUCUACAAAUCAACCACAAUUGAGGGAAGGUAUAGCGAUAAAGAGAACGUUGCUCGUUUAAGAAAAGCAUUGAAAGGGGAGGCAUAUCAUAUGGUGAGUGAUAGAUUGAAGUAUUCAUCAGACGCAGAUGCAAUAAUGGACUCGUUGCGCACAAUGUUUGGGCGUUCAGAUAUUCUUGUCCAUGAUUUGACUGCCGAGUUGUUGAACCUCCCAAAACUUUCGUCAAAAUGUGAUCCAAAGCUUCGCAUAUGGGCUGUCAAAGUGAAUGGUUUCGUAGCAGAUUUGAAAUCUAUGAAUAAAGAAGAAGACCUGACAAAUGGGUACGUUUUAACUUGUCUGGCUUCGAGGUUAGGUGCAAGUCUCUACCAAGAAUGGCAAAAAAGGAAGUCAGGUUUAUUGAAUGUCAGUAUUCAACAAUUUGCCGAGUUCUUAACACAGAAAGUUAUUGACCUACCACCUGAUUUAUUGAAGGUUGGAUCUGAACAAAAGAAAGCUGUCAACAAAACAUCCAGAGUACUCCUACACCAACCUGCUUCUGUGUCUACGAACGAUUUGUGUUGCAAGUGUAGUAAAAAAAAGCAUGUUUUAUCUGAAUGCGAUGAGUUUUUGGCGUUGACACCGGUUGAAAGACAAGCUUUUGCUCAGGAGAAGUCUAUUUGUUUUACUUGUCUGAAUCCAUCUCGACAUCAAUGGAAAGUGUGUGCCAAAAAACGUUCAUGUGGUACCGAAGGUUGCAGCAGACGUCAUCAUCCAUUGUUGCACACGUCAGCAAAUACUAGUAGCACCGAAUUGAAUUCAUUAGCUGUGCCGUUUGUGCCGCAACCACAUAUUCAUUCAUCUCACGUUGGGUUUGACGUGUCUAUAUUGUUUAAAAUAGUUCCCAUCCGGAUUUAUGGCAACGGUGACCUAUUUGUAGACACGUAUGCUUUCUUGGAUGACGGUUCUUCCUUGUCGAUGGUUGAUGAAGAACUGUUUCAUGAACUUGGUUUGAAUGGGCAAUCUGAAAAACUCACAUUACAAUGGACAAAAGGCGUUUCUCGAGUUGAAGAUUGCAAGAAAACUACUUUUUCUGUUUCUGGUAUACAAACUCGCAAAAGGUAUGCUUUGCAGAACGUAUACACAAUCAAGAAUCUAGGGCUGGCUAGUCAAUCCAUCGAUGUCACGCAUUUGAAAAGUUUAUAUCCGCAUCUCAGAGGACUGCCACUUGUUGAUUUGGUGAACGCUCGACCGAAAAUCCUGCUUGGCUUGGAUCAGGCGAAAUUUCUGUUAGGUCGAGGCCAACGGCAUGGCAAGGAUGACGAACCGCACGCCUUAAAGACACUUUUAGGCUGGAUAGUGUACGGCAGAUCAGCUCCGUCAAUGGCUCUAUCUUGUUUGGAGCCAGCAUCAAAACCUUCUAUGAGAGUCAUGUUUCACGAAGCCAUAAGGGAGGAAGCAGACCUGCACGAGCUUGUUCGUCAUCAUUUCACCACUGAAGAAUUCGGUGUUAUGGCCCCAAAAGGUGAAUUUGUUAGCAGAGAAGUAAGUCGAUCCAUAGAUAUUAUGGAACAGUCUUUAAAGCAAGUGGGUACACGGUAUGAGAUUGGUCUUCUGUGGACUUCAGAUGAUGUAAAACUUCCCGACAGUUUUGGUAUGGCAUUCAAACGCCUUAUUUCUUUGGAGAAGUCUUUAAAGAAGAAUCCCCGGCUUAUGGAAUGGCAGAACAACUAUUUUCGCGAAUUGCUCACAAAAGGUUAUGCCAGAAUUGCGUCGCAAGAAGAAUUGGAAAAGGAUUGGCCUAGGGUGUGGUACGCACCAACGUUUAUUAUAGUUAAUCCAAACAAGUCUCCUCCAAAGCCGAGAUGUGUGGCAGAUGUGGCGGCUAAAGUCAAUGGCGUCUCUUUGAAUACUUAUUUAUCAAAGGGACCUGAUAAUUUAGUUCCACUGCAUGCGGGUCUGUUCAAGUUCCGAGAGCGUGAAGUAGCGGUGAAUGGUGAUGUGCGAGAGAUGUUUCAUAGAAUUCGCAUAAAGGCUGAAGACCAACAAUGCCAACGCAUUCUGUGGCGAGAUGGAGACACAACCAGGCAGCCAACUGUUUAUAUCAUGGAAGUAAUGAUGUUUGGGCCAAGGUGUUCUCCAUCCUGCGCGCAAUAUGUAAAAAACGUUCACGCCAACCGUUUUAAAGCUGAGUGUCCCGAAGCAGUUGAUGGGCUAACAAAACGGACAUACGUCGAUGACUAUUUUAAUAGCCACAACUCUAUGGAAGAAGCCGUAAAAGUCACGAGAGAUGUCUUGCGUAUAUGUCUUUCGAUGAACUUCGAUUUAGUUGGUAUACAAUCGAACAGCCGUGACUUUUUGCAGCAGAUGCCGGAGGCUAAUGUCAACCCUAAAUUGGUAUGUAUAAAUCCUAACGAAAGCGAAAGUUUGGUAUCCAAAAUUUUAGGAAUGUAUUGGCAUCCGACCACUGAUAACUUCGCGUAUAAGAUUUCGGAUGAUGAAGUCCUAAAAGACAUGUUGGCCCAAGAUGCAAUUAUCACCAAAAGAAAAAUGCUAAAAACGAUCAUGAAGUUUUUUGAUCCUCUUGGAUUGAUCUCUCAGUUCAUAAUUCGUGGUCGAAUUAUAUUGCAAGAGGUAUGGAGAGAAGGAUACGAUUGGGACGAGCCGGUGUCAUCUCAAUUAAGUAACGCGUGGUUGGACUUUAUAAAAGAGUUGAAGAACAUCGAAAAGAUAAAGAUUCCUCGCCGUUACUCAUUAGCUAACCCAGACGACUGCAAAGUUAGUUUGAUUGUUUUCGUUGAUGCAUCAGAACAGGCAUUUGCUGCUGUGGCUUAUUUGCGUUUUGCUCGAGAAGAUGAGGUUCAAGUUACGCAAGUAAUGGCCAAGGCUAGAGUCGCACCCGUUAAGCAAUUAACCAUACCACGCCUAGAGUUGCAAGCUGCUGUGCUAGGUGUUCGAUUAGCAGCUACUAUUAAGGCCUCGCACACUAUUAGAAUCGAUGAGUCUCUUUUUUUAUCAGACUCGAAAACUGUGCUGGCUUGGAUCAACUCGUCUAAUUCUAAGUUGCCGUCUUUUGUUGCUUCAAGGAUAGGUGAGAUUUUGGAUUCUACUUCACCUCGUGAAUGGUUCCAUGUUGGUUCUAUCGAUAACGUGGCUGAUGAUGGCACUAAGCGUUUUGACGUGUCAAUGGGUAAUCAAAAUACACGUUGGUUCAAAGGCCCAGAAUUUUUAAAACGUCCUUUUGAGGAUUGGCCCGUUACUACUUACGUUGAGAAGGCAGAUAUUAAGACUUGCAUCACUCAUCUUCAUACUUAUAAACCAAAGCUUUAUUACGGUGCGUUUGAGAUGUUAUCUGCUAGAUUUCAAACAAGAUGGUGUUCAUCAGUUCGAGCUAUUGCGUUUUUACUGCGAUUUAAACACUUUCUUCAAAGAAGGCCCAUCGAAGAAGAAGUUUACAUCACACCUUUCGAGUUUAGAAAAGCUGAAGAAUGGAUGUUUCGCAAGAUUCAGGGUGAGUGUUUUUCAUUGGAUAUAGCUUCUUUGAGGUCAGGUGGCAUGGUCAGUUCUUCGAGUUCAUUACUGAGUCUUUCACCGUUUCUGGACGAAGACGGAACGUUGCGGCUAAGUUCGAGAGCGCAAAAGGCAAAUUCUUCAUACUCAUCCCGAAAUCCAGCGAAACUCCCUAACAGACAUCCUUUAGUUGAUCUUUUUAUCGAAUAUCAUCAUAAGAAAAAUUCUCACAUAGGAACCGAGACAGUAAUAUCAGAUAUUCGUGAAUCCGCCUGGAUAAUAAGUAUACGUUCAGCUGUUGAGAGAGUAAGAAAAGGGUGCUUUAUGUGCAAAUAUCUGAAGACUAAACCAAUUAUGCCGAUAAUGGGUCAACUUCCUGAAGCUCGAUUGGCCUUUGACUGCAGACCCUUUACCCAUGUAGGGGUGGAUUGUUUCGGACCUAUGUUGGUUAAAUUUGGUAGAGUGUACAGUGAUAAUGGCCUUAACUUUGUGGGAACUAAAAAUCUGUUAGAAAAAGACGCUAAGGAGAUGGAGAACUCCCUUUGCGAGUAUUCUUCAAGGUAUGAAGGUAUCUUGUGGCGCUUUAUACCGGCGUACUCUCCCUGGAUGGGAGGUGCUUGGGAGCGUCUCAUACAAUCUAUCAAAAACAGUAUCGACUUUGUUCUUAAGGGUAUGGUGCCUAGAGAGGAUGUCUUAAGAAACGCCCUUACUGAAGCUCAGGGGCAGUUGAAUAGGCGCCCGCUCACUCACAUCCCGGUCGACCCUGAGGAUCCCAAGCCCUUAACGCCAAACUCAAUGCUAUUCGGAGAGGACGAUCGAGAUGUCACAGCUCCUGGAGUAUUUUCGGAUAGCGAUUGUUUCAGCCGAUUCUAUAGUCGCCGAUCUCAGUAUCUGAUGGCCGAACUUACAAAACGAUGGUACAAGGAAUAUUUGCCUACUAUUACGAGACGAUCCAAAUGGUUUAAAAAAACAAAACCAGUCGAAGUGAAUGAUGUUGUCAUCGUAAUUGAACCCAAUGAGAUACGUUCGGCUUGGCAUUUGGGACGUGUUAUCCAAGUUUAUGCUGGUCCAGAUGGGGUUGUUCGAAUGGCCGACGUUAAACUAUCAAACGGUUCUAUAAAGAAGAAGAGAUCUGUAGGAAGACUCGCUGUUUUGGACUUGGAGUCUUCGCCUACUUCUCAGACGGCCCCCGGAAUGUCAUCGAGUCCUUAA